GAAUGAGAGGAGAGACAGCAAAAUAUCUCGGUUACUCUGCUCUGAGCUAAAGAAAGACCUAGAUUAUUCUAGUUUGACUCAUAAGUUGUACUAGGAACCAAAAGCCCCAAGCCUGUUAUAUGUUAGACGUGAUUUUCUGAUUUUAAGUGUGAUUUGGAAAUACGCGGCCACACAACCUAAAUUGUAUGUGUGCGGAGCUAACUGUUAGCUGACAGGCUACCUAGCACAGCCAUUGAAGCAAUGGCGUUGAAAAGAAUUCAGAAGGAGCUGUCAGACCUGCAGAGGGACCCGCCAGCUCAGUGCUCUGCUGGACCAGUUGGAGAUGAUUUGUUUCAUUGGCAGGCAACAAUAAUGGGUCCGAGUGACAGCCCAUAUCAGAGUGGAGUGUUUUUCCUCACCAUUCACUUCCCAACAGAUUAUCCUUUCAAACCACCAAAAGUUGCAUUUACCACAAAAAUUUACCAUCCUAAUAUCAACAGCAAUGGAAGUAUUUGUCUGGAUAUACUGAGAUCGCAAUGGUCACCUGCACUUACAGUAUCAAAAGUAUUAUUGUCUAUCUGCUCUCUUCUUUGUGAUCCUAACCCGGAUGACCCACUGGUACCAGAGAUCGCCCAUACGUACAAGGCUGACAGGGAAAAGUACAACAAAUUAGCAAGAGAAUGGACUCAGAAGUAUGCAAUGUGAGAGUGCCAGGGAGAUCAAUAUACAUAAGGAGAACAAAAGAAACAUGUUUGAUUUGUAACUUGAGGCAAAUGAGCAACAGAGGAAAAAAAAAAACUAGACAACAGCCCAACUUUUGGAGAAGGAAGCGUUACAAUGAGGUACAGUGCCACCUGGCUUUCCAUGUGCUGAGCUGCUACCAUGUGCUGUCCUUCAUGACUUGUAUGGAUCUGCUGAGCAGGACCUGAUGGGCUCCUAAAAGCACUCCCAUAUGGAAUACCGGAAACUCUUCACAGUUCAUACCGCCACACUCAGACUUGAAACUGUUACUCUUGCUCUUGUGAUUAUCACCGUCAUUGUUGCUAAUUCAUACGCAUCAUUUUCACUGUCAGUCAUAUCAUUGUGCUUCUCAAUAGCAAAAUGUUGGAUUGAUUUAGGAGAUUGGCUCUCCCUUCAUUUCAGAGGUACUGUCUGUAUCCCACUGGAUGUCUUGUAUAACUGUAUUUCCAUGUAUUUAGUGGCCUUUCUGUGUUAUUAUUUUCAAACGGUCUACGUGCAAUUGAGACAGAGUGUUCCCUGUUCAACACAAAAUGGUACAGUGCCAUUACCAGCCGCUGAUCUGUUGGCACAUGCUGUCUCUACCCCGAAACAAUGUGAAAGAUGUAAAGAAGGAUUGGUCUAUAUCACCCACUGCAUUUGGAAAUGCAACAGUAUUUAGUGUUUUUUUAAGACACUGGAUUGCUGGCCUUCGCCUCACUGUUGUCGGGCUCCAUGGGGUGAAUGUCACCGCCCAUUUUUCUCACACAUGUUGUCAUUGAUCUUAUAUCCUGUACAAGUAACCAUCCAUGGCUGGUGGCAUAGUGCACAAAUACUACUGUUGUAUGACUUGUUCCUUGUUGUCUAGCUACGAACAUAGCUACUCCUUGGCACAUAGCUCUGCUGUGUGCCACCUCCUCAGUACAGUUACUCAGGUAUCUAGCCAAAUCAUCAGCCCUUAUCAGCAGUGACCCAUGGUGAGAAAAAUGACCAGGGCCCAUAUCAUAGGUCUCUAAAAUAUUACUGAUCUAAGUUCACUUGUUUGUUCACAUAACAAAAUCAGCUCAUGCUUCCUGAAGAGGCAAAUUGAUCAAAGACAGAUAAGCACUCCUGAAGUUUCUCAUGCACACAGCCCUUAAUGUCCUGUGUCACAUGAAAAUAUGCUGUCCCAGAAGUACUGUCAUGUUGUCAGACAGAGGGCUUUUUUCAGUAUCCUUCUUCAGUUCCUUUCACCGCCAUUUCCAUUUGUUUUUUAGCAACACUCCGAUGUGAACAGCUUUUAAAUGGUGCAUGUACGUGCUACUGUUUUUCUAAAAACAAAAUGGCCUUUGGUUACAGCUGUUGUCAAUUACACUCAAAAUGGGAAGUUAAACUGACUUGACAUUUUGCAGAACCCAGUAAUUUGAAGUCAUGUGCAUCUAGUUACUCGAGGUGAAUAAAUACAGUAACUUGCCAUGACAUUUUCAUCUGCUUUAAGUAUCAGGUGAUGUGAAGCUUUUGCAUUUCUUUGUGUUCAUAGUCACAAUUAGGUCUGCAACGGUUUGUUUUGUUUUGUGAUAACCUACACUGACAGUAAAAUGGUUUGUUUAGAUGAUAAUGUUUUGACAUUUUGUAUUGUAUCUUUGAAAGCUUUAGUUUUAGGCAAUUUUUUUCAUUCAUGUCACCAGAAUUGAACAUGAUUGUGAUGUGUCAUAAAGUAAUAUUAGUUCUAAUAUAAUCCAUUGUGAUUGUUGGAUAAAGUAGUUAGGAUAUGCUAUGAUUUUUUUUUUUAUCAUAAUGUGCUUAUGCUGCCAACAUAAAGGGAAUUAUUUGAUGGUGUAAAGGGGAAGAAAUGUUGCCAUUGAGGCACUAUUGGACUAAUCCAAAAAAAUCCAUAGCAAAGCAUGAAAAAUUAGAAGCUUUGAUUGUAGAAUUAACAUCAUGGUUUAGGCACUGAAUUUAGUUUUUCAUUGUUAGCUGCUGUAGAGAAAAAUGUCUUCAAAACAAGUUGACCUGAAAUACAAAGUAUACUAUAAGGGUUUAAAAAAUAUCCUAUAAACGCAGUGAAAGUAUUUUUGCUGCCAAGACCACAGUUGAAAAUGACUUGUGUGUAAUAGUCCUAGUUUAAACUUUGUGUACAUUGUUGUUUGUUCAUCUGGCUGUUUAUUUAAAAGCCAGAAAUCUUCCAACUUUAUGAUUGAAUGCAGCCUCAAUUCAUCAUGUGACUGAUGCUACCAUUGACUUCCUUUGUCCAGCGUGCUCAAUAGAGUCUAUAUAGGCAGCUUGGCAUGCUUUGCACUCUGGAGAACCUUCUCACAGCCAUUUGCCAGAUAUCAGGGAUUUCGUUACAAUUCAUCUGCCUAACACCUCUGACUAAAAUUUUAGCCUUAACCCUCAUUUUGUAUAUAGAGAGAACGUGUCAUAAACUGUAAAUUUGCUAUCAGGGCUGUAUCCCCUAAUGGGUGAUUCAUCUCAUCAGUAGACAUGGAAACCUGCUUGAACAAUACCAAUGUUUUUUUUUUGUUGAAAAAUGCAGCCUGGCUUUGUCUGAAUGCAGGACCAGCCUUCAUGCAUCUUAAGGUUUGGAAUUUGUGUGCUUGAACUGUCACCAUAAAACAUCCACAUCUCCUCACAUAGCCUACACAAGAUAACUAUUAUUGACUUUGUCAUUACAUAUGAAUAAAGCUCAUGUUGGUUUACCGUU